GGCAGUGCUGGGUACGCCUGGACCCGGUCUCCACCGCCGCUGGAUCGAGGCCCGGGACUCGCUUGGUUCUUUAGGGGAUGAAGGCCGCUCAGCAGCUGAUGAAAGUGUUCGUGACCCGCCGGAUUCCCAAGGAGGGGCUGAAGGUUUUGUCCGAGUCCGGAAUUUGCAAUAUUCAGCAAUGGGACUCUGAUGAACCAGUUCCUCAGGAAGAGUUGCUGAAAGGAAUUGCAGGAGCACAUGGCCUGUACUGUAUGUUAUCGGACAAGAUCGAUGAUGAGGUUUUACAAGCAGCAGGACCAAGCUUGAAAGUUAUCAGCACACUAUCCGUUGGAUUUGACCAUCUCUCUCUGGGAGAAAUUAAGAAACGGGGAAUUCGAGUGGGCUACACCCCUGAUGUCCUGACUGACGCCACUGCCGAACUCACCGUGGCCUUACUCCUGGCAACAUCUCGUCGACUGAUGGAGGCAACUGAGGAAGUGAAAAAGGGAGGAUGGACCAGCUGGAAACCACUUUGGAUGUGUGGCUAUGGACUGGCAGGAAGCACUGUGGGAAUCGUGGGACUGGGAAGAAUAGGCCUUGGAAUUGCACAGCGUCUGAAGCCAUUUGGAGUAAAGAAAUUCUUUUACACUGGACGUCAGCCUAGGCCUGAAGCUGCUUCCCAGAUACAGGGUGAAUAUGUGCCCCUGAAUACACUAGCUGAAGAAUCUGACUUCAUCAUCAUAUCGUGUUCUUUCAGUCCCCAAACUAAAGGAAUGUGCAAUUGCGACCUCUUUUCAAAAAUGAAGAAGACAGCGAUAUUUAUCAAUACGAGCAGAGGAGCUGUGGUGAACCAGGAUGAUCUUUAUCAAGCUCUAACCACUGGUCAGAUCGCUGCAGCGGGAUUAGACGUUACGGUUCCUGAGCCAUUACCUACAGACCAUCCUCUACUCUCACUGAAAAACUGCAUUAUACUGCCUCACAUUGGAAGUGCCACUUAUGCGACCAGAAACACCAUGUCUAUGCUGACAGCCAACAACCUCCUGGCUGGACUCAAAGGAGAGCCAAUGCCAAGUGAACUCAAAUUGUAACUGGAAAUAAACUUUCUAACUGAUGCA